AUGCAUCUCCCGUACUUCAUCAGUUUCGAGUUCGAAAAGACAGCGGCCACUAUCAGAGUUGCAAAUGAAGCGAGCCAGCAACCCAAACCAAUACUAUCACCUUCUAAAGAUGCGGUAGCUGUGAAGGAGACAUGUGACUCGUUUACUUUCGAGUCUUUCACAACACAAGACGCAUGGGAGCUUGGCCACCUGAUCUAUGCGAGGCUACUGCCCUUUGCACCCCAAAAGUCUGCAAUCAUCUCUAUAACCCUUGCGGGCAGUGGCCAAAUCCUCUUCCAGGCGCCCGUGGGGCUAGGCACAGCCAAGGAUAAUGAGGGCUGGGUCGCAAGGAAAGGUAACACGGUCCUACGCUGGGGUGCCAGUAGUUGGUACAUGAAUCACGUUUGGGAAGGCGAUGAGGAUCGUUUCCGAAAACUCUUUAGCAUGGGGAUGGAAGAGUCUGGUAACUAUGCUAUCCAUGGAGGCGGAGUGCCUAUACGGAGUGAGGAGGACCAUGGUGCUAUAGUGGAUGUUAUCCAGAGUAACUGGGAAUAA